AUGGCCGCAGCCGUUAACUUCACCUCCAGUCAAGACCAUGCCUUGACGAUGGCAUCACGCCAGGAUGAGCUCCUGGGUAAGAUAUCGAAGAUCCAGAAAUCUCUGCCCAAGAUAUCGGAGAUGGAGAACUCUCUGAGCGAACUGGGACAGAUAUGGGAGAUGGAGAAAUCGUUGGGCGAACUGGGCAAGAUAUCGGAGAUGGAGAAAUCUCUGGCUGCGCUGAAGAAAUUAAUAUCGGAGGAGCUUGGCCUGCUACGCCCCUUCAGUCGCAAACAUGGGGCCGUUCGUCCUUACCCAAGCUUGCCCAUGGUAGAGAAUGCAUCAACGACAGUAAAUCAAGGGGAAGAUAGAUCUUUGUUUUUAAUGGUAACUUUCACAGGGGGCAACACUGAUGCCUUAUAUGAAGUUAAAUUCAAAUUCGGAGGAGAAGUUGAAGAUAUGGGCGGAGGAGGACCACUUGAACCAGUAGCCACGUUCAGUUCUUCUACCUAUUUGGGUGCAAGGAUUUUUGACCGCUCUCAACUGUAUGUGUUUUCAGAGGAGGGUUGGGAUAAACCUUGCGUUAGGUCAUUUGGAGGGUAUAUCUUUGAUACGAAAACUAGGGCAUUAGAUCGCUUAACACCUUCUACCGUACAGUUUAAGCAACAUGGAACAGUUGUCUCGGCAUAUGGCACACUUUAUUUUCUUGAAGCCAAAACGGAAUUCAUAGAAGGUUCAGCCUUAUACUUUGGGAAAUACAACCAUGAUAAGAAAGAUUGGGUGCAAAUGCCUCGGUUUCCAUUUUCUUAUACAUUUACUAUGGGGGUAAUUGGUUAUGCAGUUGGUUAUGGCAUUAUUUUGUUUAUAUUGUCUGACUUGCACGGAAACUUUGAUGUCGUUGCUUUUCAUGUGGGUAGACAGAAUUGGAAACGAGUGGAAAUUGGCACUUGUAUUCCUUUCCGAGGGAGGGCCAUGAUUGUAGGCAAGACUAUCUAUGCCUUACAUAUGUUUCAGACAGAGGCGAUCAUAGCAUACUCCUUGGAGAUGAAAGAAGAUGAUGACGGUGAUAUUGCAUAUUCACUAGUCCAGCUAUGUAAAUUGAACGGCCUUGAGAUUGCGGAUCCGCCAUUGGAAUUUGAUGAACUUGUGACUGACUAUUUGGUUCAUCUGGGGAACCAAGACUUUGUUCAUGUUAAGACUGCCACUAACGAAGAAUGUGAUGACGUUCAACAUCUUUGUAUCACCACGUGUCAAAUUGUUCAAGAAGGAAGAAGACAUAUGAUCGAGACCUUACAUUCAAUUGUUCUUCCUGUGAAAAUCGAGGACUGUAAUUGGUUCUUGCUUACGUUCGGCUUUACUCCAGAGUGCGGGGAUUAUGAACCCGUAGAAGGGAAGAGUGCAGCAAGCGUGAAGCAGCCAAAACAAGAAGAUGAAACCACUUUGGAUGAGAAUUCUUUGAUUCACGAGAAAGAAGUCAAACAUGAAAUAGCCUUCAUGCAGCAUGAAAAAGCAUGCCAGAAAAAUCACAAGGAUGCAAACGGAAUAAUUGAAAACAAUAGACAAAAAGACAAAAAGAAAAUGCUUUUGGAAGGAGGGAUUACAGGUAGUAGAAAACAAGCUGUGAUGUAA